AUGGAAUCCUCACCUUAUCUCGAUCGAUAUCGCCAGAUUGGCGCGCUAGACCAGCAGAAGAAUCAGUUAAUCGAGGAACUUCUGCAACGAGUAACCGAUCUAGAGGCUUCUUUCCAGCAAGAAAAGCUUGACCAUGAACGUGAAACCCGUUUCAAUCGUGAUAUUCAGCUACACGAGAUGGAGCUGAUGCAGCAGAUAUCGCAGAUCAAGACUAUUAUGGACCGCGAACCUUUCGUCGUCGUGAUGUUAGAUGGAGAGGGCGUGAUCUUUAAGGAUGAAUUCCUGCAGGCAGGAGAAGAGGGCGGCCAAAAUGCUGCCGAGCAGCUUCAUACGGCUAUCCUCGCGUACCUGGCGACAAGUCUCCCGACCAUCAAUGCGCCCAAGAUAAUGACCAAAAUUUAUUUGAAUGUGAAAUGCUUCGGGGAGCAAUGUGUUCGUGCGGGGCUCAUUUCAGAGCCCGUAGCGAUUCAUGACUUCAUUCGCGGCUUCAAUGAAACCACAUCCUUUUCGGAGAUCGUGGAUAUCGGGUCAGGGAAGAAUAAGGCUCAUGAUAAGAUACAAGAGACGUUCCAAGUCUUUCUAUACAAUUGCCACUGCCACCAGAUUUUCAUCGGUUGCCCCUCAAAUAUUGAAUAUGCACAAUUUCUUGACGAAGUAUCUAAAGAUUGUGACCUAACCGGGCGCAUCUCCCUGGUGGAAGGUCUCACCUUUGAAAAAGAGCUGGACACGGUGAAGAACUCAUAUCGCAUUGCCAAAUUUCCUGAAGUGUUCCGUUCAGCCAGAUUGGCGCCAAAUUGGGCGGCCCCUUGGAAGAGUGCUCUUCCCUCCCGCUCCUUGCUUACUCCUUCCCCUUCUCGGCAAUUCUCGAACCUUUCCAACCCACCGACAUUGUCACGCACUUCUACAAAUACGAGUGUCUCCGGAACCGCGCUGUCAGCCUCCACCCCCAAUCUUCCUAUUGGAGGAUCUCCCGAUUUCCAGAUUGUUCGAACCAAAGUGCCCGGAUCAGCUCCCCUCAAGGCCGUGGAGCGGAACAAGUACGGACAGCGUGUGGACCGGCUUGACUUUAAGACCAUUCCUCGUGAUGAACUGAAUCGAUUAAAGAAGUUGAAACUAUGCAAUUAUCACUUCUUACUUGGCGAAUGCCCCAACGAGGAAAACUGUUACCAUGAUCACGACCGGAAGCUGACGCGGCAAGAACUCCAUAUUCUGUCUGCUAUCGCUCGCAUGACUCCUUGUCGUUUUGGCUUGGAAUGCGAUGACCCAGAGUGUAUCUAUGGUCACCGUUGCCCACAGAGUGAGCCCGGCAAAAAGACCUGCUUCCGUGGCGACACCUGUCGCUUUGAGCCCGUGGCUCAUGGCAUCGAUACGAACAUUGUCAAAGUGACAAAAAUUUAG